AUGUAAAAAGUAGAAUCAUACUAACCACCUGUUAAUAGCCUACCCCCAAUUGUUUUGCAAGAUUUGCUAAGGAAGCCAGAAGGAUGGCCUGUCGGAAUAUAAAUUAAUGUUUACAAUAUUCUAAGAAUAGAUACAGGAGGCUCCUAAGUUUUCCAAGCUUCCUUCAUUGUCAAACUUACAUGGUAUGAUGAAAAGUAUAAAGAUAUUCCAAAAGACAAAACAGUCAAGAACUUGGAUGAUAUCGAACUACCAAGAAUUCAAGUAAUGAAUGCAUAAGAGAUCGAUAGCUUCGAUAUAAAGUUGAAAGCAUGUGUCGGAGGUCUUAUGUUCUAUCAAACUAGAUAUAAAGCCACAAUCAAAGAAAACUUUGAGCUCUAAAAUUUCCCUUUCGAUUACCAACCACUUCAUAUCAGAUUGAGAGCUACUUCAAGUGGUUAACAUCUUGUAUUCCACGAAUCUUUUAGAAAUGGAGGAGAUGACCCUUGUAAAUUUGAAGAUUCAACAUUGGCUGAUUUUGAAUUCCAGUAACCCCUUACAAGAAUAAUAUUUGAUAACAAAAAAUCAAGAAAUGAACUAACAUACUAAUUAGUCUACAAAAGAGCUAGAUCAUAUUAUCACUCACAUGUAUAUCUUCCACUUUUGAUUUUGGAGUUUAUCACUUUUACUCUUGCUCUUAUUGAUCCAGCUGAUGGCUUUGCUGAUGCUAUCAAUAUCAUCUUGAUCUCUCUCUUGACGUAGAUUGCUUUCCGUCUUGGUUUAGCAGAUAUACUACCAAAAGUUUCAUAUCUUACUCUUGUGGAUUACUAUUUCUUGACAAAUAUCCUCUAUUCUUUACUGCUCUGCAUCUUUGAGAUUAUUUUCUUCUUCGUUGAAAAAGAACGCGAUGAAAGGAUCUAUUAUUUCUUAGGCUUGUUUGGAACCUGGGUCCUAUUCAACAUUAUUUAUUUCUACAUAUUGACUCAUAGAAAGUUCACUUUAGAAGAUUGCGAUAGGCAGUUGAAAUUAUUGGCAGGUAAAACAAACUCAAUUACUAUGAAAGAUGUUAAGUUUAUCAAAAAAGAGCCAAAAGCUUUGGAGAAAAAAGAAAAAUGA